GUCUUUCAAUAAAUUACACAUUUUGCUGACAAAAUCAAUAUACCCGCUGCAAGGGUAUAAGCAUCUGCUGUCCUAUCGGCGUGCUGCGAAAUUCCUGCAUGGCGUUGCCAUCCAGUAUAUGCUAGCUGUCAUUGCCCAAACUUAGCCAUCUGGCAACGCUGUCACGCUCAACAGCAGUAACAGCAACAAAGCCGGAAGCGCCGACGCCGACGCCAUGUCGAAGGAAGAAGCUGCCGUCAUCGAAAAGCUACUACAGGGCGCCAGGGACAGCUAUAACUCGGACAGCGGGGACGACAACAAGAAACCUCGACCCAAAAAGAUGCUCAACGAUCCACGCUUCCAAAUACGCCCGUUGCAGCAGGUGGCCUCCGCUUGCACGGGGGCCAUGAUCACCGCCUGCUUCAUGACGCCACUGGACGUGAUCAAGACCCGAAUGCAAUCCCAGCAGUCACAGUCAAACAAGUGCUUUCUCUACUGCAACGGCCUGAUGGAUCAUUUGUUUAGCUGCGGUGCCCAUUCGCAUUCCACAGUGGGCGGAACUUUCAAGCCACAUUUUCGGAGCACAUUGGAUGCCCUUAUCAAGAUCAGUCGCCAUGAGGGUAUUAGCGCCCUGUGGUCGGGCUUGGGUCCCACGCUUGUAUCGGCGCUGCCCUCAACCGUUGUCUACUUCGUUGCUUACGAGCAAUUCAAGGCCAGGUACAUAACCAUCUACCAGCGGCACUUUGCGCCGCCUAUGAAACCCCUGAUCGGCCAGCACCAGAACCUGCCCCUUGUGGUGCCCAUGCUGUCCGGCGUGACGGCACGCAUCUGCGCCGUCACCUUUGUCAGUCCCAUUGAACUGGUGCGCACCAAGAUGCAAUCACAGCGGCUCAGCUACGCCCAGGUGCUGCAAUUUGUCCGCAAUGUCAUAGCGAUCCAGGGCAUCAGUGGCUUGUGGCGCGGACUGCCGCCCACCAUCCUGCGAGAUGUACCCUUCUCGGGCAUAUAUUGGCCCAUCUAUGAGUACCUCAAGGUCUGUUUUAGCAAGCGCAACGAGGAGCCCUCCUUUGGCUAUAGUUUUGUUGCCGGGGUGCUGGCCGGCUCGGUGGCGGCACUGGUCACCUGCCCCUUCGAUGUGGUCAAGACCCACGAGCAGAUCGAGUUUGGCGAACGCGUCAUCUUCACGGAUUCACCCGCCAAGGAGCUGAACAAGCAAUCCACCUACAGCCGCCUGGCGGGCAUCUAUCGCGUCUUUGGGUUGCGCGGACUCUUUGCCGGCUACGGUCCGCGGCUGUUCAAGGUUGCGCCCGCUUGUGCCAUUAUGAUAUCCACCUUUGAGUAUAGCAAACUAUAUUUCUUCUACUACAAUGUGAAUCAGCACAACGAGCAACUGCUGCUGACCAAUCCCAAUGCGAAGCUGGUUAAGGAAGAUGAUAUCGAAUAGUAAAUCCCCGUAGUUCGAGUCAAGCACUUUAUUUUAUAAAUAAACCAUGUAAUUAUAUUUUAUGUUAAAUUAUAAAUACUAUUUACUG